UAGCGGCCUCCGCAGGGUGUGCGGCGCCGCCGGCCCGCCUUCCUGGGCUCCUCGCCGCGGGUCCCUCGCGAUUCCCCCCGCCCGACAGCGGCCCGACCCUGCAAAGCCGCCUCUAAAUUCAACGCCAGCCAAUACCGUGCGCCGGCGGGGCCACGUGACGGCGCCCGGAGGGGCCCGGCGGCGCUCGCGGAGCCCCUGGAGAGCCCCUCCGCGCGUCCCGUCACCCUGCCCCGGUGGCUGCCGGGAUACGGACGGCUCGGGCCGGUCCCGCUCAGUCCUCCAGCCCGGGGGCCCUCCAGUUCCGCCGCCGGCGCCGUCGCCCGCCCGUCCGCCGCCCGCGGGCCGCUUCUCUGGGCCCCCCAGGCGCAUGGCUCCAUGAGGCAGGAAAAGGCGGCGCGCGAGAGGUCCCGUCCGCCCCGGCUGCGCCUGGCCCGGGAGAGAAGUUGGUGACGAGACUGAUGGAGACUGAGAGUAAGGAUGGAUGGCUCUUCGCCACGGUCAGCAUUCCGCCGCCGCACGAGGGCCUGUCCUCGGACCCUGGCCUGCCGUCCAGUGACUUCAGCACCCUCUCUGCAGCAGAGGAUGUGGGAAUUUGUGGGCCUUCUGAAACCGGUGGAGAGCCUCGAAACGGUCUAUCUUGGCCUGAGAGCAGGUACAGGAAGAAAGAAUGGAAUCGGAAGGAAGAAAAUUCAUUUCAGAGACAAAAUAGCUCCCCUCCUCUGUUAUAGCUGUUCCCUGGCAAGACAAACUUCCUGCUUCAAGAGAGAGAAAUGUGGAUUUGUUGUUCCACUUAUCCCUGCACUUACUGGCUGGUUUCUCGCAUGUGCCCUGGCUGGGGAUCGAAACCACAACUUUGGAGCAUCAGGACAACUCUUCAACCAAGGUUCUGUGCACUCCAGACCGCGAGCACUGAGUCAGGAUGGGAAAAAGACGCUGCGUCCCUCCACUCGAGCCCAAGCUGGCAGCAGGCUGUUGUGGGGUCAAGAAGCCCAAGUUAUCUGGAAGUGGAACGCACACUCACGGGAACCAGGCCACCACUGUCCCCGGCUCUAGUUCAGGACCUCUUCAAAACCACCAGCAUGUGGAUGGCAGCAAUGGUCGGGAGAACGUGUCAGACUUAACUCUGGGACCUGGAAACUCUCCCAUUACACGAAUGAAUCCCGCAUCGGGAGCUCUGAGUCCUCUUCCCCGACCCAAUGGAACUGCCAACACCACCAAGAAUCUGGUGGUGACCGCAGAGAUGUGCUGCUACUGCUUUGAUGUCCUCUACUGUCACCUCUAUGGCUUCCCUCAGCCACGACUUCCUAGAUUCACCAAUGACCCCUAUCCGCUCUUUGUGACAUGGAAGACAGGGCGGGACAAGCGGCUUCGUGGCUGCAUUGGGACCUUCUCAGCCAUGAAUCUUCACUCAGGACUCAGGGAAUACACGUUAACCAGUGCACUUAAGGACAGUCGAUUCCCCCCCCUGACCCGAGAGGAGCUGCCUAAACUUUCCUGCUCUGUCUCCCUCCUUACUAACUUUGAGGAUGCCAGUGAUUAUCUGGACUGGGAGGUAGGGGUUCAUGGGAUUCGAAUUGAAUUCAUCAACGAAAAAGGUGUCAAACGUACAGCCACAUAUUUACCUGAGGUUGCUAAGGAGCAAGACUGGGAUCAGAUCCAGACAAUAGACUCCUUGCUCAGGAAAGGUGGCUUUAAGGCUCCAAUUACCAGUGAAUUCAGAAAAACGAUCAGACUCACCAGGUACCGAAGUGAGAAGGUGACAAUCAGUUAUGCAGAAUACAUUGCUUCUCGACAGCACUGUCUCCAGAAUGGCACUCUUCAUGCCCCGCCCCUCUACAAUCAUUACUCCUGACACACGGCUGCAUGACCAGUCCCACCCCCCUGUGGCCACCCAUGGCUAUGACAUCAUUGGAGCGGACGCCUCCUCUUCCUGGUCCAGUUACUUCUAUUACUGCACCAUUUUAUGAUGCUAGCUUCCGUUGCCAAGUCUGCCUCCAGCUGACU